AUGUGCAGGUCAAUAAGCGCAGCGGUGAACAUCAUCCACGACUGCGACGAGACUUUCAACUACUGGGAGCCUCUGCACUACCUCCUGCACGAAUCCGGGUUCCAGACAUGGGAAUACAGCUCUGCAUUCGCCCUUCGCUCCUACCUCUACCUCUUCUUUCACGCCCUCAUCGCCCUGCCAGUCACUCUCUUUUUUGGCAACGGUACGGUUAACGCCUUCUACACUGUCCGCCUGGCCCUGGCUGUUCCCUCUGCUGCAUCAGAGGCAUCUCUGCUCGUGGCUGUGGCUGCUGCCCUUCACAAGGCCACUCAGGCCCCCUCCCUACCCUCCUUCCUCCCCAUAACCUCCCUUCCUACCUUCCCCACCUCAGUUAACGCCUUCUAUGCUGUUCGCCUGGCCCUGGCUGUUCUCUCUGCCGCUUCAGAGGCAUCUCUGCCCGUGGCUGUUACUGCUGCCCUUCACAAGCCCACUCAGGCUUCUGUUCUCUCCUCCUGCCCCCUUCCCGUCACUCCUUUGUACUCUUCCCCAUCGCAGGCUAACGCCUUCUACACUGUCCGCCUGGCCCUGGCUGUUCUCUCUGCUGCCUCAGAGGCAUCUCUACUCGUAGCCGUUGCAACAGCCCUUCACAAGGCCACCAGUGCUGGCAGUGCCAGUAGCAGCAGCAGUGGAACGAGGGAAGAUAAGGAGAAAGGGAAGGAGGAGGAGAAGGAGAAGGCGAAGCGAGAGAGGGCGGUCCCAGCAGGGAUUGGGGAGCGAGUGGGUGUGUGCGGGUUGCUGCUCCUCUGCUUCUGCUCUGGCAACUUUCUCGCCUCCACAACCUUCCUCCCCAGCACUUUCAGCAUGUAUGCAAUCACGUGGGCCACGUCUCUGACCAUCCAAGGCCGCCCCGCAGCAGCAACAGCGGCAGCAGCAGCAGGCGUGCUGCUGGGGUGGCCCUUUGCAGGCCUGGCAGCCCUGCCGCUGGUGCUGCACGGGAUGAUCACUGGUGGUUUUGUGAAGGUCGUUGCAUCCGGUGCAAUCACCACUGUACUCGUCUCAGUAAGUGGGUUCGAGAUCAUUGCUUCUGGUGCUGCUGGGGUGGCCCUUUGCGGGCCUGGCAGCCCUGCCGCUGGUGCUGCACGGGAUGAUCACUGGAGCCUUUGUGAAGGUGGUCGUGUCUGGUGCUCUCACCACUCUUCUCGUCUUAGUAAGUGGGUACCGGCUGAUCGAGCCCUCUCCCUGUGUUUCGAUCGCCUGUACUACGGCCCGUGGACCUCCUCUGUGUUCAACCUAAUCCGCUAUAACGUGUUUGGAGGGGGGGACGGUGUGGACUCGGCGGCACUCUACCUCCGCAACGGCCUCAACAACUUCUCCCUCGCCCUCCCCCUUGCGCUCAUCCUCCCUCUGCUGCUGCCUCCCUCCCUCCCCUCCCCCGACUCACUCCCCCCCUCCCUCCCUCCACUCUCUCCUCUUGUACCCAUCCAGGCCCUCUCUCUGUGUUUCGAUCGCCUGUACUACGGCCAGUGGACCUCCUCUGUGUUCAACCUAAUCCGCUACAACGUGUUUGGAGGGGGGGACGGUGCGGGCAGCACGCUGUACGGAGUGGAGGAGCCACUCUUCUACCUCCGCAACGGCCUCAACAACUUCACCCUCGCCCUCCCCCUCGUGCUGCUCCCUCCCUCCCUCCCUCCACUCCCUCCCCCUGUCCUCCAGGCCCUCUCUCUCCGGCAGCAGGAGCAGCAGCACGCUGUACGGAGCACUCUCUCUGUGUUUCGAUCGCCAGUGGACCUCCUCAGAGAGAGAGAGCACAGAGGAGGUCCACUCUCUCUGUAUUAUGGCCAGUGGACCUCCUCUGUGCUCAACCUCGUGCGGUACAAUGUGUUUGGAGGAGGAGACGGUGCGGGCCUUUCCCUGUGUUUUGACCGUCUUUAUUACGGCCAAUGGACCUCCUCUGUGUUCAACCUAAUCCGCUACAACGUGUUUGGAGGGGGGGACGGUGCGGGCAGCACGCUGUACGGAGUGGAGGGUCCCCUCUUCUACCUCCGCAACGGGCUCAACAACUUCACCCUCGCCCUCCCCCUCGCGCUGCUCCUCCCGCUGCUGCUGCUGAUUGCAUGCUUUGCGUCGUCGCCGUUUCGGGGGCAAGGGAGGGGUGAACGGGGAGGGGUGGAGAGGGGUGGAAAGGGGUUUGUGGGGUGGAAAGAGGUGGUGACGCUGCUGCUGCUGCCUGUGGUCAUCUGGGUUGGAUUCAUGUCCCUUCAGCCACACAAGGAGGAGCGGUGA